AUGUCCACCACCCAACACAAUUCUGCCGGUGACUCUUCGCCAGUCAACCCAGAAGAUCCAGAAUAUGAAGACUUCCUUGAAGAUGAAGAGCCUUCACCAGCAUUCACACCCGCGCCCCUCCCAACUCUCACAAAUGAGCCCCAACGACACCCGGAUUCCUGCCUGACCCUCUCCCUCCCCUUCAUCAAAGCCCUUCACGCACAACUUCCGCCAGCGCCGGAUCUAACGCUCUCGAUCGGGAGCGGAACGGGGCUAGUUGAGGCUCUGCUUGACUCUCUGGCCGAUACCCAUGAUCCUACCACUCAAGAAGAUCCUCAGGCUUCUCAGGAGUCACCUACCCCUCAGCCGCUCAACCUAACCAGCAUCGAAAUCGCCCCAUCCCCAAAUAAAUACCACCGCAACCACCGCACCGUCCCAGGGACAUGGGCACUCGACUCCACUGCGGCGGAAGCGAAGGCGUGGAUGUUUGUAUACCCGAAGCAAGUCGCUCUGGUGCGGAAGUACAUGGAGGCCUUUGCCUCCAGCAACUCUAGCGAGAAAGGGGUUGUUGAGACGGUGCUGUACGUCGGCCCAAGAAUGGACUGGGAUGAUUUCCGCGGCGCGCUGGAGCCGUACGCGGAGAGUGUCGAGGUUUGGGAUGAGGAGAGGAUGGAGGGUGUUGGGGGGCAGGGGUGGGAAUGUGUUGUGAGGGUGACGGUGAAGAGGUGA